GCUCUACGUGCAUUGUAAUAAUAUCACCAAAUAGCCUUUACUAAAUAAUUUCCAAUAUUUUCCUUAUAAAAAUAAUUAGGAACCCACCUAAAUUAUGUCAAUUAAAUUUCUCUUAUUAAUAAGCAUUUUCUUAUUGGUGGGUUAUGUAAAUUCGCAAGAAGAAAGUGAAGAGAGUGAUUCAUCCAAAGAAGAUCCACACAAAAAUUCUAUAAUAGAAACGAUUCGUUCAUCGUGGAUAUUUUCUCCAAUUGUGGAUUUCCUGGGUUCAACAUUGAAGAACCCUUGGGAGUCACGAAAACCCCUGGUUGGGCCAAAGGAACCUGCUGAGGGUUCCCUUGAAUCAGAUGACGCGGCCGGAUCAGGAAACGGAGCAGGAGGCGGAGGCGAAUCAGGAGGCGGAGACGGAUCAGGAGGCGGAGACGGAUCAGGAGACGGAGACGGCUCAGGAGACGGAAAAGGAUCAGGAGACGGAAAAGGAUCAGGAGACGGAAAAGGAUCAGGAGACGGAAAAGGAUCAGGAGAGGGAGACGGAAAAGGAUCAGGAGAGGGACACGAAUCAGGAGAGGGAGACGGAUCAGGAGAGGGACACGAAUCAGGAGAGGGACACGAAUCAGGAGAGGGAGACGGAUCAGGAGAGGGACACGAAUCAGGAGAGGGAGACGGAUCAGGGGAGGGACACGAAUCAGGAGAGGGAGACGGAGCAGGAGCAGGAGAGGGAGACGGAUCAGGAGAGAGAAACGGAUCAGGAGAGGGAGACGGAUCAGGAGAUGCAGAAGAAUCGUCGGAAAGCGACGAAGAAAGUGAAGAGAGUGAUUCUUCCGAAGAAGAUAAUUAUUCAGACGAAAAUUCUCUAAUACCUUCCCAUCAUCGAAUAAGCUAUCCCGGUGUCAUUCCGAUUUUGGGAGCUUGGGGUACAGUCUUAGAAGCCUUUUUAUCCUGGAUAAUAGGAAAAGGCUCGUUCUAUGACCUGAAAUACACCAUAGAAGGCGUCGCGUUGCAUGUAUCACGUAUUCUCAGCGUAUCCGGAGGAGUCGGGCUGAUACCUAUAUGGGGUUACGUUCUGCAGCCUUUGGUGGAAACGCUAGCAAAGAUUCUAAAGGAAAUUCCCUUUUUGGGACCUGUUUUAUCGUUCUUGUUAGUCGGGGUUACUUUGUAAAGGGAAAAAAUAGAUUCUGCCAUUACAUG